CCAGGGGGCGGGGCUUGUGUGGCGGCGUCACGGGGCGGGGCCUCGGGUGGCGGGAAGAGGAGGCGCGAGAAUGGAGGUGGAGGCCGUCUCUGGUGGUGAGGGCGAGCUGGAGGCCCAGGACCCUGCCCCUUCCUCCAGCAAGGCCCCCGGCAGCGCUGGCCACUACGAGCUGCCGUGGGUUGAAAAAUAUAGGCCAGUAAAGCUGAAUGAAAUUGUCGGGAAUGAAGACACUGUGAGCAGGCUAGAGGUCUUUGCAAGGGAAGGGAAUGUGCCCAACAUCAUCAUUGCGGGCCCUCCAGGAACUGGCAAGACCACAAGCAUUCUGUGCUUGGCCCGGGCCCUGCUGGGCCCAGCACUCAAAGAUGCCGUGUUGGAACUCAAUGCUUCAAACGACAGGGGCAUUGAUGUUGUGAGGAAUAAAAUUAAAAUGUUCGCUCAACAAAAAGUCACUCUUCCUAAAGGCCGACAUAAGAUCAUCAUUCUGGAUGAAGCAGACAGCAUGACCGACGGAGCCCAGCAAGCCUUGAGGAGAACCAUGGAAAUCUACUCUAAAACCACUCGCUUCGCCCUUGCUUGUAACGCUUCAGAUAAGAUCAUUGAGCCCAUUCAGUCCCGCUGCGCAGUCCUCCGCUACACAAAGCUGACCGACGCGCAGAUCCUCGCCAGGCUGAUGAAUGUUAUCGAGAAGGAGAGGGUGCCCUACACGGAUGACGGCCUGGAAGCCAUCAUCUUCACGGCCCAGGGAGACAUGAGGCAGGCGCUGAACAACCUGCAGUCCACUUUCUCAGGAUUUGGCUUCAUUAACAGUGAGAACGUGUUCAAGGUCUGUGAUGAGCCCCACCCACUGCUGGUGAAAGAGAUGAUCCAGCACUGUGUGAAUGCCAACAUCGACGAAGCCUACAAGAUUCUUGCUCAUCUGUGGCAUCUGGGUUACUCACCAGAAGAUAUCAUUGGCAACAUCUUUCGAGUGUGUAAAACUUUCCAAAUGGCAGAAUAUCUGAAACUGGAGUUUAUCAAGGAAAUUGGAUACACUCACAUGAAAAUAGCAGAAGGAGUGAACUCCCUUUUGCAGAUGGCAGGCCUCCUGGCCAGGCUGUGUCAGAAGACAAUGGCCCCGGUGGCCAGUUAGAGCAGAGACUUCGCUGACUGACUUACAGGAGCCCUAUCCUGAGGUACAGGAGCUGUGGCUUUCUGAUGGGGGAAAAUGCCGCCUUAGGCUGGAGCCAGCAUGACUGCCAUUUAAACUCCAGUGGCUGGCCAGGCGCGGUGGCUCACGCCUGUAGUUCCAGCACUUUGGGAGACCGAGGCAGGUGGAUCACCUGAGGUCAGGAGUUCGAUACCAGCCUGGCCAACAUGGGGAAACACUGUCUCUACUAAAAAUAUAAAACUUAGCUGGGUGUGGUGGCAGGCACCAGCUACUUGGGAGGCUGUGGCAGGAGAAUCGCUUGAACACAGGAGGUGGAGGUUGCAGUGAGCCAAGAUCAUACCACUGCACUCCAGCCUGGGCGACAGAGAGAGACUCUGUUUGGGGGGUAAAAAAAAUUAAAUAAAUAAACUCCUGUGGCUUUCAUGAUUGCUUCUGGGA